AUCAAACCACCGACCAAAUUAAAAAUUAAGAAAUAAAAAAAAAGGAAUAACUAAAAUGGGAAACUUGAUAUCCAAUUUAAAAUCCGAUUAUAUAAUUGAAAUUAAGACAGCAGAUAGAAGAAACGUUGGAAGCGAUACAAUUAUAUGGUUAAUUCUGUACGACGAACAGGGAUUAAAAACGGACGCCAUCAAGUUAAACGCAUCAUUUAAAAGCGAAAACCAAAUCUGUAGCCUUCAGGUAUCUUGUCCACUCAAUUUCGAUAAUGUCGAUAAAAUAGAAAUCUGGAGGAAUUCUUACGGAUUGGAAGACAUUUUGUACUUGGAAUAUUUAACGGUGGGGAAGAAAAAUGAGAAAAAGUUCUGGUUCCCUUUGCACCGUUGGAUAUCGUCCCAGCACAGAUAUUACUUUCGAGUAUACGACUGUUGUCUUCCCCAAUACGAGCUGUCAUUAACGCAGAGAAAUGAAGAACUCGACGACAAGAGGAAAUUGUACGAAUACACGGAACAUAUAGAAGGUGGACCAUUACAGAUUAAAACAUUACCCGAACAAGAAGAUUUCAGAUACCUUUUCCAGUGGGAACUAGAUCCUGAUUUAAAAAAGGAAAAAUUAUACAGCAUGAUGGAAAUGACAUUAGGAAAAUGGCAGACAAUCGAACAAAUUAAAUCUUUUCUUAGAAAAAACAACAUGGAACCA